CAGCUUCAACCGCCUACUCUUCCCUCUACCUGCCACCAUGGCGUAUACAACGCCCGAGGCAACACGGUCUUCGGCGCCGUUCAACCGCCCCUCAACGACGCUACCUCAACUGCGCUUCCCCAUCCAGCCCCUGCAACGCUUCCAGGGCGCCUCGGCCAGCAUAAAGCGCCCGAGGGAGAUUGCCCAUUUCUCGUACAACGAAGAUCAUGAGUAUAGGGAAGAUGAAUCCAGCAUCCAGUAUUAUUGUGAGCCUUGCAUUGGCGCAAACCUCUGUGAUGGCUUUGAUACCUUCAACCGCUACGAGGAGAAGGAGGACCCGCACUUGGACAGUCUGUUAAAGACUCUAGCAAGCAAGGAGAAAAGAGAGGGUGUGAAAGUGGAUGCUGAUUUUGUCACCUGGCGAGGCAUGAUGACCAGGAUUAUGACAGCACCCUUUGACAUGUUCGCCUCCUUCGAAAUGUUCGCAACUCUCCACCAGGGCACCAUCUAUAUCGAGGAAGACUUCCAGGCCAAAGCUGCCGAAAUUGCAUCCGAUAGUCGCAAUCCGCCCAACAACAGGAGAAACUAUCCCCGGUACUACAAUCAGAAUCCCUCACGUGAGAUGAUGACCUACUGGGGGUACAAGUUCGAAACUCUCUCCCUCACACCCGAUACGCCGGCCAGCACCUCGCGCGAGUUCCUGGAGAACCGCCAGAACACGGUCGUGUCUAACCACGCCCAACACUGUUCCAUCGUACGGACUGCAUUCGGUUCCAAUACAGUCAUCCUCGGUGGUGAAGUCGACGGCCUUUGGGAACCCAAGCCCGAUCCAUCCAAGAACCCCGAUGCUCCAAUUCCCUGGAUCGAACUCAAAACCACCGAACUCGCAGAUCCAAUGACUGACCGCGACAUCCUGAAAUACGAACGCAAACUCCUCAAGUUUUGGGCCCAAUCCUUCCUGCUCGGCGUCGCCAAAGUCAUCGUUGGAUUCCGCAGCGCGCAGGGCAUUCUCAGAUCCGUCGAGAUGUACGAAACAAACCAGAUCCCAGGGAUGGUAAGGAGAGGCACCAGAUGCUGGGAUGGGAACACAUGCAUCAACUUCACGACCGCUUUUCUAGGGAAGCUGAAGGAAAUAGUUACGGAGGAGGGAGUGUACAGGAUUUCGUUGAGGAAGAAGGCCGGGGUGAUCGAGGUGUGGAAGGAGAAGGAGGAGGGCACAGGAGGGAUCUUGAGUAAGGAAUUCUUGAAUUGGAGGGCGCGGAAGGAUGGCGAUGAAAAGGGAAACCUGGAAGAACCCGAGUAGAGAUGUUUCUAUGCAUGCAAUGAUGAUUCUUGGUGAUCCCAAUGACGAUAUUUUGCUAUCCUUUGGAUGGACACAAAAUAUACCCUAACUUCCCUUUGUCCUCGAUGACGGGUAUCCUAUAAGUGUACAUAUCGCCACGGCAUGGCCAGGAACCAUGAAGCAAAGGUCAAAGUCGUAUGGUAGAUAGCGUGAAAUCUCUCCUCUGGCGGUCGUGUUUACUCGAGAACUACGCUUUCCGAAUCCGAGAUCGUGGAGGGUCUGGGGGUUCGUAAUUCUAAAAAGGUAUGGUAUUGUCUUACCGUAUACUACAAGGCAAUAUCAAAGCGCG